AGCCGUAUUAGCAUCGGGCGGUCGGCUUUGGACGCCAUGUCUCACAGCGCUCCCCGUCUGUUCUCUGAAGACGAGUUCCUUGCAGACAGGAGCCGCCUGCGGGCCUCCAUGCACGAGGUACAGAACCUCGAGCAUGGGCAGGUCGAGAGGAUCAACUCUCACUUGAAGGACGCCACGAGCAAAGUCACCGAAGAGGUGACCAAAGAGGUGCUGAAACACAUCGAGGCCGAGCGCGUCGCGCGAAAUCACGCGAUGGCGCAGUUGGAGGGGGAGAUGAGGCGCCGGCUCGAGCAGCAGGACGCUCAUCUCGAGAGGUCUUUGAAAGACAUGCAGCGGGAUUUGGACGCCCAGGCGGAGCUGCGGCGGGCGCAGCAGGAGGCCGCGCUGUGGGAGCUUCGGACCUUCUCGCGCCAGGAGCCGGACAUCUCAAAGCCGACGCUCCCGGACCUGCGGGUGGAGCUGGAAGCCUUGCGCGCCCAGCUGGCGGAGGAGCGGACGCUGCGCUGCGGCGGCCUGGCCGAGGUGAACCGACUCGUGGAAGACAUGGCCAAGGACAGGCGCCUGGCGUCGCUUGAAGUCAGCGAUGCCUGCUCCACCCGGAGCCCGCAAUCGACCUCGUCCUUGGCAGAGAAGUCUGACGCCAAGCAGGGCGAGCUGCCCGCGGAAGUGCUGCGCCUGCUCAGCGCGGAGCUGAGGGCCGACGUGCUGAAAGAGGUGAUGUUCCGGUGCUCUUCGGUGGAGGCGCGGUGCGGACAUGUCGAGGCGAAGCUUCACAAGAGCCUGGCACGGCUCGAGGAGUUCGAGGCGCGCGUGCUCACGCGCGCGUGUGGCUCUGCUCAGGCGACGGUUCCUGAGGAAGGCCGUGAGUUCGUUGCUGCCACGCUGAAGGACAGCCUGGAGAAGGUGGUGUCCGCGGUGAACGAAACUCUGCUGCUGUCGCAACACGAGGGCCUGCGAGGUCAAUGUGCGCCGGAGGUCCAAAAGACAUGUCCGGCGUCCGAUCGCAAGGUGGCCUUUGCCCCGCGCGGCGCUUCGCCGCCUACACGAAGCGUCCGGGACGGGAGGGCGCCGCUCACCCCGCAGGUGCAGUGCAGGCAAUUGCGCCCAUCUGCGAUGGGAUGCUCGCCGCUGCAGCGGAGCGCGUCCGCGAAAGUUCUGCCCGGAUCCGCGGCGGGCUUUGGUACCUUUCGGACGCAGCCAAUUCCUGGCUACACUCUCCAUUGAGGUGCAGAUGUCGCAGGAAGCUGCCGGCGGGCGAGUGAGGUCUGGAGUCGAGGUGCAAAGCGCACCGGUUUCAACAGGACCCUCGUGCCCCAAGGAGGGUAGCAAGAGGAGGUGGUUGAAGCAAGAGUGGUGUAAACGUAAACUUGGCC